CUGGGUGGAUAAGAAGAACUCACACGUUAUUUCCUUCUCCCUUGCUCUUCAGGAUAUUAAUCAUAACCCCAGCAUCUUACCCAACAUCACCCUGGGCUACAGCCUAUAUGAUAGCUAUUCUGAGGGAAGACUGACUUCUGACUCCAUGACAGACCUGCUUGCUGGUGGGAAAAUCAAUAUUCCAAACUACCGCUGUGGGAAACAGAAAAGCCUGCUAGCUGUUCUUGAAAAGAGUGAAUUUGACAUCUCCACACACAUUGCAAGCAUGUUGGGCAUCUACAAGAUCCCACAGGUAAUCAAUGGGUCCAAGUGAAACACACCUGGCAACAUUAACCACCUGGUUGUUGUUGUUGGCAUCUGUCUGUCUUGAAAGACAAUGGAGUGUGUCUCUGGGAUGAAGUCAAACCACUCUGUUAGCACUAUCAAAGUGAUGUCCACAGUGCACAAGCCUAGGCAGUGGGUACAGAAAUCCUGGGCUGCCCAGAUGACAAGACCUCCCUCUCAGCCUCACUGCUGUGGUCCAAAGAAAAGCAGAGCAAUACAUUUGGCACAAGCUUGGCUGCAGGAUUUUCUGGAAGGAGGCAAACAAAGCACCACUCAGCUGACUUAGAUUUGUGCAGUGUUUACUCCUUUUUUAAAAAAUAUUUUUUUAUUAACACGCCAAUCACAUCACAUUAAUUCCAAAUCACAUUAGUUCCAAAUUGCACAGCCAAAUUUUAAAAUUUUUGUUGGGGGUACCCAUACUUAGUGGUCCGAAAGGGAUCCAAACAUCUCUCUUGCUGCUGCUUUAAUGUACCUUCUCUUUGUUGUUUUCCUCAUCUUCUUGUUGUUAUCAUAUAUUCCUUUCUUUGUGAUCUCUGAUAGUCUCCACAAGUGGGUUGAAAACAAACGUUGUUAUAUCCUGUGUGGAUUUUACACUCCUCCAAGAGCCAUAUCAAAAAGAAAAAAAACAGACGCCAUUUCCGCACAUCCGUACAAAACCUUCCCACAGUCUGUCCGUUGAUUUCCACAGGCCUGCCAGUCUCUCAUCAAUUUUCUCAGGGGGCCCUGCCAGGUCCAACUCACAUUCCGAUAUAGUAACAAGCCAUGGUCCUCCUCCCCCUCAUCCUCCUGUAGGCAGGCCUGCCAUAGUAAAUCUCUUUUUAUUGCUGCGUCACACAGAACUUUCAUUCCUUCCCGAUCUUCCCACCAGCCAUGUCUUUGAUUAGCAAUUUAAUUCCACACAUUUCUUAACCCUCCUGCUUGUGAUCAGUAAUUGCAACGAUUCUUUUCUGGGGGUGUUAUUAGGUACUCACAUAAGACAAAAAAAGAAAAGUUCCCCCCCUCCCCUGUGCAGUGUUUACUCUUUAGCCUUUUCUUCACCCAGAUGUUGGAGGGUAUGAAGAAUUAUGGAACUGAAGUGAAAAAAGAUUUAGAAAUUUGGUCAAAUUUGAAGCUUUCACUGCUAGGCCGUAUUGCUGCGAUAAAAAUGAAUGUAUUGCCUAGAAUGUUGUUUCUGCUUCAAACAUUGCAAAUUUUGGACAAAAUGGAUUGUUUCAAGAAGUGGCAGAGAGAUAUCUCUAGAUUUGUCUGGAAGGGCAAGAAACCUAGAAUAAAAUUUAAAAUACUAACGGAUGCAAAGGAAAGAGGUGGAUUUGCCCUGCCAGACCUUAAACUUUAUUAUGAAUCAGCAGCUUUUUGCUGGCUGAAAGAAUGGCUGCUUCUUGAAAACACAGACAUUUUGGACUUAGAAGGUUUUAAUAAUGUCUUUGGAUGGCAUGCAUAUUUGUGGUAUGACAAGGUCAAAGCACAUAAAGCAUUUAAAAAUCAUAUUGUCAGGAAAGCAUUGUUUAAUGUUUGGAUAAGAUAUAAGGACCUACUGGAAAAUAAAACCCCAAGGUGGCUGUCACCGAUGGAAGCGAAAGCUCAGAAAAAGCUCAAUAUGGAGGCCAAAUGGCCGUAAUAUUGGGAAAUUCUGGAACAAGAGGGAGAUAGACUGAAACUGCAGAGUUUUGAGAAACUAAAAAACAAAGUGCGAGAUUGGCUUCAUUACUAUCAGAUAAUGGAGGCAUAUAAUUUGGAUAAGAAAAUUGGCUUCCAGGUGGAAAAAUCAAAAUUAGAAACAGAACUGUUAGAACCCAAAACUAAGAUUUUGUCAAAGAUGUAUAACUUGCUGUUGAAAUGGAAUACUCAGGAAGAAACGGUGAAAUCUGCUAUGAUUAAAUGGGCACAAGAUGUUGGACAUAACAUAAUGAUGGCUGACUGGGAACAGUUAUGGACCACAGGUAUGAAGUUUACGGCAUGUAAUGCCUUAAGAGAGAAUAUUAUGAAAAUGAUAUACAGGUGGUACAUGACACCAGUCAAGCUUGCAAAAAUCUACCAUUUGCCUGAUAAUAAAUGCUGGAAAUGUAAAGAAACUGAAGGUACAUUCUUUCACCUUUGGUGGACGUGCCCAAGGAUUAAGGCUUUCUGGGAGAUGAUAUAUAAUGAAAUGAAAAAGGUAUUUAAAUAUACCUUCUUGAAGAAACCAGAGGCCUUCCUCCUGGGCAUAGUCGGCCAAUUGGUGCCAAAGAAGGACAGAACUCUCUUUAUGUAUGCCACAACAGCAGCAAGAAUACUUAUUGCAAAGUACUGGAAGACACAAGAUUUACCCACUCUGGAAGAAUGGCAGAUAAAGGUGAUGGACUAUAUGGAACUGGCGGAAAUGACUGGCAGAAUCCGAGACCAGGGAGAAGAGUCGGUGGAAGAAGAUUGGAAGAAAGUUAAAGACUAUUUACAGAAAUACUGCAAAAUUAAUGAAUGUUAGAAUGAUGACAGAAUGAAGUUAAGUGGUUUUAGCAGCAAUGUUAUAAAGAUAUAUGUAAAAAUGGAUUGUUAACAGGUGAAAAUCUAAAGUUAUAAUAUAUUAAGUUUAAGGAUUAAGAUAAAAACAAAGAGGGAAAGGAAUUGCUGAAUUAACUAAUUGAACUGGAAUACAAAAAAGGGAGGUGGGAGGAGGUCAGGGAAGCAAGGAAAUGAAGUGUAAGAUAUGAAAGAUUGAUUUGUUUUUAAGUGGUUUUUUAUCUUUUUUCUGUAUUUGGUACUUUGUAUUUUUUUUUCUCUUUUUUAUCUCUUUUUUUUUGUCUUUUCUUUUUAUCUAUGUAAUUUUUCUUUUCUUUUGAAACCUUAAUAAAUAUUUUUUUUUUUAAAAAAAGAGAACAGACAGGCCCCUUUCCUACUGUCUUUCUAGGGUCUAUGCAAAUCUUUUCUCUUUUUCCGCUCCCCCCCCUUCCUUUCCUUUCUUUACAACAGGCCUUUUAAUUGAUGUUUGAUUAUAGAGUUUUACCAUCUUGAUUGGUUUUUAUUGGUUCUUUUUUAACUGCGUAGAGAAUUUUGCCAAUAAUAAUAAUAAUAAUAAUAAUAAUAAUAAUAAAUAAUAAUUUAUUAUUUAUACCCCGCCCAUCUGGCUGGGUUUCCCCAGCCACUCUGGGUGGCUUCCAACAAAACACUAAAAUACAAUUAAUCAGUAUAAUAAUUGCUUAUUUUUAAAUACUAAUAAUAAUAUUGUUUUACUUCCAAAAAAACGGUGAGGUUUGCACUAAAUCUGUCAGCAUUCUUCACAUAGACGUAUCGGGUCUUAAUGCUGAAACACAAGCCAUCAUUCUCUUUCCCUUUUCUCACCAGCUCAGUUAUGGCUUUGUUCUUUCUGAUAAAUUCCAGUCCCCUUUUGUCUACCGGAUGGUCCCAAACCAAGAAACGCAGUACCAAGGGAUGGUCCAACUCCUCCUGCAUUUCAGGUGGACAUGGGUCGGCCUCUUUGCUCCAGACAAUGACAGUGGAGAAAGGUUCCUGCGUACUUUUACACCUCUGAUGAACAAACGGGAAAUAUGUGUUGCCUUCACACAAAGAAUACUACAAGAUACUUGGCUGUGGAUACCCCAUGAACCACCUGCCAUGUGGAGACAAGCCCAUGUAUUUGUUUACUUUGCAGAUUCUCAAAGUGGAGUUUUUAUCAUCAUAGAGGUACAGUCCUUACUGGAAAGGAUACAAACUGGGGGGAAAGUCUGGGUAACCACAGGUCUUCAGAACAAAAUUUUCCUAUGUGAUAUUCACUGCUUCCAAUAUGCUCAUGGCUCUUUGUCCUUUGUAGUGAAGACCAAAAAAAGGAUGACGAAGGACUAUUAUGGGCCAAUGUCCUUGGCUAGUCAACAGUAUUCAGAAGAAGCAUUUGAUUGUUCAUAUUCCAAGCAUGCCUUGUCUGUGAGAGGUAUGACCAAAUGCAGAGAGAAGGAUAAUGUGAAGAUGCUGCCCCAGGAAGAGAUUGAAAGAAUUCAGUCCCAAGACAGCUAUGUGAACUACCUGAGUAUCCAAGCUGUGGCUCAGGCCUUAAAUGCUGCAUAUUCAUCCAGGUCAAAGAGGAUGUCGAUUGUGGGUGGAGGCAGCAUGGAACUUCAAAAGCUACAACCAUG